AUGCAAACUUGGAUCCUUCUCGCCUCCGCACUUCUACCAGUGCUCCUAGCUUCCUACUGUGGACAGUCGGCCAUUCCAUACACCUUCCAAGUGAGAAAUCAUUGAGCAGAUGAGUUCAAUACUUUUCCAUACAGGUUUUGCGGUCAGGAUUCCCAGUUCUCGGGUGUGCCAGACCAAAAUGCUUUGGAUGGACAGCUAAUGGAACUCGAGCUGGUGAAACCGCUCAGUUCUACAGAGUAGCCGCAAAAGACGAUGGAUACUUGAGAAGAUCCGACCAAUUCAUCAGAAACCCUAGCAAGAAUCCAAAUUUUGUUCCACAACUUGCGGUAAUCCCAUUAAAAUCUCGACAAUACCGUUCGAACAUCGUUUUGUUCUAUUAGAUCUGCACCGAUGAAUACAAAUCGAAUAGCUGCGAGGAGGGCGAAUGGGUCGGAGGUCUCUCGCCACAAUCGGAUCCGUUCACCGACAAACUCGAGGUACGCCUCAAUCAAACAUCUACCGCCGAGCGAAAGUGACAAUCUUUUUUACGUUAAGAUCAAAUGCUGCAGCUAUCAAGUCCUUAUCAACUCACAAGACCGCGGAAACGCCGUCGUGAAACAGGGACAAUUGGUUGUUGGAGGAGAGGUUCUGGAAAACGAAAAACUGGUUGCUUUCGAUUACAUCUCCAAUCUGAGCAAGACCGUUUCGAAGAACGGAACGUGAGUCUGACCGAUUGUAUCGCACUGGAGUAGCGUAAAACUUUUAGCGUUGUCUAUGUGGCUACUGUCAAGAGAAUGCCAUGUUUCGAUGAGGAACAAACUAUUUUGGAUACUAAGAAACAGGAGAACACGAUUGUCGAGGCGGCCGCUGCAGUUGAGCAGGAAACCACUGCUGUCCCGACUCAUCAGCCAUCCGCGCCAGUGCCACAGACUUAUCAGCACGCCGCCCCAACUAUCAAUAUCCAGCCAUACACAGCUCAAAAUCAACAAGCUGCUCAGGGACAGGGUCCGUAUGUGAAUGGAAACACGAACAAUGUCGCCACCAAUUAUGGACAAUUCUCUCAGCAAGCCUAUGGAGUUGCCCAGAACGGACAAUGUAACAGUGAAAUCACAGAAAAAUGAAAAUAUUGUUGCUUUUCAGACUCUGGAUACCCACAGUACAGCCAACAACAAGCUCAGCAGCCACAGUACAGCCAACAACAAGCUCAGCAGCCACAGUACUACCAAGACCCAUUCGCCGCUAUGUUUCAGCAGCAACAACAGGCCCUUCAGCAACAAGGUGACCUAUCAAUUGCCACAUUAGGAUCAUUGAACUUUGGGUUGCAGCACUGGCGAAUCAGCAGCAACAACAGCAGCAGCAGCAGCAACAAAUAGCCUUUGUCCCACUGCCACCAUUCCCACAACAGAUGAUCUUCCCGCCAGCACCUCAGGUCCCAGCCGCCGGGGUCCAGCCUGUUGUUGCCGCCGGAGUUCCUCAAGUUCCAGUUGCUGCACUACCAGCGGUUCCAAUCCAAAUCACAUCGACACUGCCACCAAUGACUCUUCCAAAGCUUGAGGAUCUUCCAAAACUGCAAAUUCCAAGCGUUGAAGACGUCGAACAAGUCAUUCCUCCAGUGCAGAGAGCCAUUCUGACCAGUGUGGCCAAGUUCUUCGGAGUUCUCUAA